UCAACGGGACGCGUUUGCUUUUUUGUCAUAAAAUCUCGACCUUUAAUUAGGGAAGGUAAUAGCGUCACAGUGCGUACGGCGGAAAACUGUACAUGUUGGCUAACCCAGUGGCCACAGCCGUGCACCAGUCGGUCGAACAGCAGGGAACAAGGCCACGACGGCGGUGGGUCGCCCCCCACAUCGGCUAGGUACGCCCGCCAGAACACACCACCCACCAUGGCGGAUCUUACGAGACCGCCCCUGUGUGACAUCAAGCGACCCGAGGAAGUGGUGAAAAUGUCGAUGACGGACAACCUCAAGUUCGCCGUCCUGAUCGGGCUGAUCGAGGUGGGCCAGGUGUCCAACCGGGAGGUGGUCAACACGGUACUGCAUCUGCUCGUGGGCGGCGAAUUCGACAUGGAGCUGAACUUCGUCGUGCAGGACGCCCAGAACGUGAAGCACAUGCUCGAACUGUUGGAUCACUGCCCGGCAAACCUGCAAGCGGAGGUGUGGAGCGUGUUCAUAGCGAUCCUGAAAAAGAGCGUACGCAACCUGCAGGCGUGCACCGAGAUCGGGCUGAUCGAGCAUGUGCUGGCACGGUUGCAGCAGGCGGAACCGAUCGUCGCCGAUCUGCUCAUCGAAAUGCUCGGCGUGCUCGCCAGCUACAGUAUUACGGUGAAGGAGCUAAAGCUACUGUUCGGUGCGAUGAAAGCGGUCAACGGGAAAUGGCCCCGCCAUUCGGCCAAACUGCUUAAUGUGCUGAAACAGAUGCCCCAUCGGAACGGGCCGGAUGUGUUUUUCAGCUUUCCCGGGCGCAAGGGUUCGGCUGUAGUGCUGCCACCGUUGGCGAAAUGGCCGUACGAGAACGGAUUUACCUUCAGCACCUGGUUCCGGUUGGAUCCGAUCAACUCCGUUAACAUCGAGCGUGAAAAGCCCUACCUGUACUGUUUUAAAACGUCCAAGGGAGUCGGAUACACGGCACACUUCGUGGGCAACUGCCUGGUACUGACGUCCAUGAAGGUGAAAGGCAAGGGUUUCCAGCACUGCGUCAAGUACGAGUUUCAGCCGCGCAAGUGGUACAUGAUUGCCAUUGUAUAUAUCUACAACCGGUGGACGAAGAGUGAGAUCAAGUGCCUGGUGAAUGGCCAGCUAGCGUCGAGCACGGAGAUGGCCUGGCUAGUGUCGACGAACGAUCCGUUCGACAAGUGCUACGUCGGUGCGACGCCGGAACUGGACGAGGAGCGUGUGUUCUGCGGACAGAUGGCCGCCAUCUAUCUCUUCUCCGAGGCGCUUACCACGCAGCAAAUCUGCGCAAUGCAUCGACUCGGCCCUGGCUACAAGUCCCAGUUCCGCUUCGACAAUGAGUGCUAUCUGAAUCUGCCGGACAACCACAAGCGGGUGAGUGAGGCGAAAGCCAUCAUUUCGUCGCUUUCUCCAACGCCACUGGCUCCGACCGAGUCCACUAUCCAUAGAAAUCUAGUUAGUGGCAGCACUGCUGCUGCUACUGCUGCUGCCGCUACUGCUGGUGCUACCGGUGCCGCCGCUGCCGACCACCAUCACCCGUCCUCGUUUUCCUCAUCCCCGAUUGCGGCUUCGGCCAGUUCCGGUGUUGCGCUUGCUUCCGCCGCCCCGGGUGGCGAACCGUUUGAUUUAGUAUCCGUGCUGUACGACGGGAAGUUGUCGAGUGCUAUCGUUUUUAUGUACAAUCCGGUCGCAACGGACGGCCAGCUGUGCUUACAAUCGGCUCCCAAGGGCAAUCUGUCGUACUUCGUACACACGCCGCACUCGCUUAUGCUGCAGGACGUAAAGGCUGUUGUGACCCAUUCCAUCCACUGUACGCUGAACUCGAUCGGCGGUAUACAGGUGCUGUUUCCACUAUUUUCGCAGCUCGACAUGCCUUACGAAGGCACCGACGUACGAAAGGAUCCAACACUGUGCGCCAAGCUGCUUGGUUUUAUAUGUGAGCUCGUCGAAAGUUCACAAACGGUACAGCAGCACAUGAUACAGAAUCGAGGAUUUCUGGUGAUAUCCUUUAUGCUGCAGCGUUCCUCCCGCGAUCACCUAUCGUUAGAUGUGCUGGGAUCGUUUCUGAGUCUCACCAAGUAUCUGGUGACUUGCCUGUCCGCCAACUCGGAUCUCUUGCUCAAACAGCUCUUCUGUUUCUCUUUCCUCACCUGGCAGCUGCUAGAUCACGUGCUGUUCAAUCCAUCGCUGUGGAUCUACACACCGGCGACGGUGCAGGCCCGCCUGUACGCGUACCUCGCGACCGAGUUUCUCAGCGACACGCAAAUCUACAGCAAUGUGCGGCGCGUCAGCACGGUCCUGCAGACGGUGCACACGCUCAAGUUUUACUACUGGGUGGUGAAUCCGCGUGCGAAGAGUGGCAUCACGCCGAAGGGACUGGAUGGGCCACGACCGGCCCAGAAGGACAUACUCGCGAUCCGUGCGUACAUCCUGCUGUUCCUCAAGCAGCUGAUCAUGAUCGGCAACGGGGUGAAGGAUGACGAGCUGCAAAGCAUCCUCAACUACCUGAUGACGAUGCACGAGGACGAAAAUCUGCACGACGUGCUGCAGAUGCUGAUCUCGCUCAUGUCGGAGCAUCCGAGCUCGAUGGUGCCGGCGUUCGAUGUGAAGCACGGUGUGCGCACGAUCUUCAAGCUGCUCGCCGCCGAAAGCCAGCUGAUCCGGCUGCAGGCACUGAAGCUGCUCGGGUUCUUCCUGUCGCGCAGCACGCACAAGUAUGGGCGAAAGUACGAUGUCAUGUCACCGCACAAUCUGUAUACGCUGCUCGCCGAACGGUUGUUGCUGUACGAGGAGUCCGUGUCCCUGCCGACGUACAAUGUGCUGUACGAGAUCAUGACCGAGCACAUCUCGCAGCAGAUCCUGUACGCAAAGCACCCGGAACCGGAAAGUCACUACCGGUUGGAAAAUCCGAUGAUACUGAAGGUGGUCGCCACGCUGAUCCGCCAGUCGAAACAGUCCGAGCAGCUGAUCGAGGUGAAGAAGCUGUUCCUGUCCGAUAUGACACUGUUGUGCAAUAACAAUCGCGAAAACCGGCGUACCGUCCUGCAGAUGAGCGUGUGGCAGGAGUGGCUGAUCGCGAUGGCGUACAUACACCCGAAAAAUUCCGAGGAACAGAAGCUGUCCGAUAUGGUGUACUCGCUGUUCCGGAUGCUGCUGCACCACGCGAUCAAGUACGAGUACGGUGGGUGGCGCGUGUGGGUCGAUACGCUCGCGAUCGUCCACUCGAAAGUGUCGUACGAAGAGUUUAAGCUACAGUUCGCCCAGAUGUACGAACACUACGAAAAGCAUCGGACGGAUAACAUUACCGAUCCGGCACUUCGCCAGCAGCGCCCUAUCAGCACGAUCAGCGGAUGGGAGCACGGUGCUAACGGUAGCAAUGGGACUGGCGGUGGUGGCGGAAAGGAGGGUGAGCUGGAUAUGCACGGCAAGUGUGUGAAGCAGCUGACGCCGGGUCCUGGUGUGUCGCCACCGGGUUGCGUCUGUGAGCCGGAAACGGGCGAAACGAUGAUCGAUACGAGCGUAAUGAUGGCGAAACAGCAAACGAUCGGUUUUCCAGGCUGUGCACCGACCGCUCCGGCAACCGGCGGGACAAACAAUAACGGAUACGCACGCGCCGGCGAAACGGAUUUAAUUGUCGAGGAGGAUGAGGAGGAACCGUCCCACCACCAUACCGCACAGCAUGCUGCAGCCGGUGACGAAGAUGCUGAAGAUGGGGUGGACGAGGAGGAGGAGGAGGAGGAAGACGAGGAAGAGGAAGAUGAAGAGCAGGAUGAGGAGGAAGGUGAUGGGAGGAGUGGGUUUGCGGUGGUGCAUCAACAACAUCAACCACACGGUGACGCAAGUCAUGCCACCGCGUCCGCUACCACCUCCGAAAGUGUGGUUAAAACAAUCGUUGAUGAAAUUAUCGAUAAAUCUGCCAAUAUGUUGGUAGAGAGUGAAGCUCGAGCUGGGGCCGAUGAACGCCACCCGAAGGAAGCACCAGCCGAACCGACAUCCUCACCGGUUAUUAAGGAUGAAGAGAUCGAGCUGGCCGUAAACGAGGUGGUCAAGAUGAACCAGAACGCGCUGAAACCGGUUGAAGGAGAAGAGGUGGGCGGGGAGGGCAGCGGUUCGGCUGUUGAUAGCGCCAACAAUAAUCAGCAAAUGGUGGACGAUCCGUCGACGCGUGGUAGCGUGGAGCCGGUCGGCAGUACACCGUCGGAGUCAUCCACCGUCAGCAGUUCACCGUCGGUUGCAUGUGCCAGUGAUAGGUCAAAUGAUAGAACCGUACCGAUGUCCCCGGUACUGCAGAACGAGCCAGACGCACAGAAGGUGGCCGCUGCCGUCGGUAGCAUCGUGGACGAGCUGGUCGAUCGGUGCUUCCCGGCGACCGAAGAGGAAGCUGAGCAGACCGCUAGCCCCGAGCGCAUAGCGUCCGAGAUGCAGCAGGUCGUCGACUCGAUCAUAACGGAUGCGGUCGAGAAGGUGGAGAAGGGUACGGUAGGUGAGCGGCAGGAGGAAGCGACUGAUGAACGGCAGGAAGGUGGCAGUGGUAGUGUGCAUCAUCACCACCACCACCAUCAUCAUCAGCGUCAACAUCCGCACCACCAUCAUCCGCAUCAUCAUCAUCAUCAUCCGCAUCAUCUGCACGGUCACGAGGGUGAUGAACAUCAGCGAAUUUCGGUUGUGUCAGACGCGAUGGAAGGUAUGGCAAUCAAUGACAAGCAGCAGCAGCAACGCACUGGUGGUAGUUUGAUCGAGGAAGAGGAAGAUGAAGUGGAGGAAGAAGAGGAAGAGGAGGAGGAGGUGGAGGAGGAAGAGGAGGAAGAGGAGGAAGAUGAUGGUGAGGUGUUGGUGGCCGAAACGGAGGAACCGCACGCGGAUCCGGCCGAUGGUGAUGCGCGUAUCGGCACCGGCACCGAUACCGGUGUUAGUGCCGUCAGUAUCAAACAGAGCAAUAGCAAUAAUAGUACCGCGCCAUCGAAACGUGCCGUUAGUGUGUCCACCAACACGCAGCAGUAUCUCGAUGCACAAACCCAACCAGGUCAGCAAAACCAGCAGCAACAGCCGGCCGCCGCCACCGCUACACCCUCCGUACAAUCGAUGAGCUAUGAGGGUGGUGGCGGUGCUACCGGCGGCGGUGGUGGUAGCAAGCGUUCCAAGUCUGCCUCGACCCGGCCAAUGUUUUCGCCCGGUCCGACCCGGCCACCGUUCCGCAUACCGGAGUUUAAGUGGUCCUACAUCCACCAGCGCCUUCUGUCCGACGUGCUGUUUUCGCUCGAAACCGACAUCCAAGUGUGGCGCAGUCACUCGACCAAGAGCGUCCUGGACUUUGUCAACUCGGCGGAAAAUGCCAUCUUCGUCGUGAACACGGUACACCUCAUCUCCCAGCUUGCCGACAAUCUGAUCAUUGCGUGCGGUGGAUUGCUUCCACUGCUGGCCAGUGCCACCUCGCCCAACUCCGAGCUGGACGUGCUCGAACCGACCCAGGGCAUGCCGCUCGAUGUGGCCGUCUCCUUCCUGCAGCGGCUCGUCAACAUGGCGGACGUGCUGAUUUUUGCCAGCUCGCUAAACUUCAGCGAACUCGAGGCGGAGAAAAACAUGUCGUCGGGCGGUAUACUGCGCCAGUGUUUGCGGCUGGUGUGUACCUGCGCGGUGCGCAACUGUCUCGAGUGUAAGGAGCGUACGCGCGGACUGUACAACGGCAUGUCCCUGAAGGAUAUUCCCGGCGGUGUGCAUCUGCAGGCACUGAUCCGCGGUGCACAGUCCACGUCGAAGACGAUCAUCGAGUCGCUGUCCGGGCCGAUGAGCCCGGUGAAGGAUCCGGAAAAGCUCCUGCAGGACAUGGACAUCAAUCGGCUGCGGGCAGUCAUCUAUCGCGAUGUGAAACGACUCUUUCAGGAGGAAACGAAGCAGGCACAGUUCCUGUCCCUCGCCAUCGUCUACUUCAUCUCGGUGCUGAUGGUGUCGAAGUACCGCGACAUACUGGAACCGCCGGUUGAGCUGCAGAUACACCGCAACUCGUCGCCCGUCAUACAUCGGUCGACGCCCACACAGGAGUCGAGCAAUCGGCCACUGUUUCCGCAAUGGUCGCACCACGUCUACCCACAGUUCCUGCCCGGUUCCCAUCCGAACCACCAACCGACGAUCGUGCACGGCAGCAGCAACACGAUCACGUCCUCCUCGUCGCAAACCAUCUCAUCCUCGUCCGGUUCGUCGUCGACCGGCGGAUGUGGCGGUGGCAACCUGCUCAACAACAACAACACGAACCUGAUCAACAACAACAAUCCGGCCGGUAUGAACCAUAAAGAUGUCGUCGGUAAUGUGGUGAUCGGUGGGGCUGCUGUAAACGGUGGCACAAUGCCAAUGUACUACGGCCAUGCCGGUGCCGGCGUUGGGCCGAACGUCGCCACCGCCACCACCAACAACGCGCUUAACAACAACAACAACCAGGGAUUCGGUGCCGGCGGUCCCGGCAGCUGUAUCUUCACCAGCGAGGUGCUCAACUGCUACUCCCCGGCAGCCGCUGCCGCCAUCGUCGGUGGCCAUCUUCAGCAGCACCAUGCGCACCAACAGCCGGUAUCGCAACAGCAGCAGCAGCAGCAACAGUUCACGCAACAACAACAGCAACACGGCCUGAACAACAACUCACUAACGGCGCUGAUGGGUGCGGGCGGCGCACCGAAUGCAUACGGUCCGGGCGGAACACCGGUCGGGGGUGGUGUUGUUGGUGGGCUUGCCCAGCAGCAACACAUGCGAGGACGAGCAACGGCAACAACAGCAACUUCCGGUCUGCACAAUGGCGUCGUCGGCCAUACCGUCGGUGGCAAGCUAUCGAAAGGAACCCAAUCGAUGCAAGAUGGCGAUUAUGAGGUGAUCGUGGUGGAUGAAAACAACUCCUCCGUCAUAGCGGACAAUGAUUCACAUUCGAGCGGACCAUUGUCGAUCAAGGCCGUCACCUCUGCAAGCAACUCGCGCCGUACAUCGUCGGCCAAACAGCUGGACCACCCGGUACCGUCGUCCGCCGGUUUGGCCAGCACCGGUGACCUUCGGCUGCAGUCCUGCUACCAGCAGCCAAUGCUUACGGCCGGUCCGCCAACGACUGCUGCCACCGUAACACCGACCACGACCGCUACCAUUGCCGUGAACGAGCGUCCGGACGUUGUCCAACGAGGGUUGCCCCCGGGAGGCCAGCCGAAGAGUGUGGACUCCGAUGGUGGUUCGCUCAAUCUGAACUCGACCGAGAAUGAUCCACAGGAGGUGGAAACUUCGAGCGAGAUAAUGCCGGACGACCACAAGCCGACCAACUCUAACGACGAAAGCUGGACGGACGUGAAUCUGAACGACGAUGGUGCGAGUGAACUGAAACCAGCGCAGCGUGCCGAUGGUAGUACGGUCGGUGUUGGUAGCAUGCCGGGCAGCAACGGUAGUGGUGCCGGCGGUGAUCGGCUCGGUCCAAUGGCGGGUACGCUCGGUGGGGGCCGUAUGGAUACCGUUGGUGGAACGGGCGUCGAUUUGGGUGGCGGUGGUGCCGGUGGCGUUAAGUUAGAGUCUGACAUUGCGGUAGUCCGCGUACCGGACGGGUACGGUGGUCAGGUGGUACCGAGCGGUGGUUCGGUACGUGGCCGACCGGAAGACCUAAACCUGAAGGCACCGUUCGUCAGCCAGUUGCCGUUGGCAUUACCGUCCCGUGAGGCCAGCCUUACGCAGAAGCUGGAGAUUGCGCUCGGCCCGGUCUGUCCACUGUUGCGCGAAAUUAUGGUUGAUUUUGCACCGUUCCUGUCGAAAACGUUGGUCGGUUCGCACGGUCAGGAGCUGCUGAUGGAGGGCAAAGGAUUGACGACGUUCAAGAACAGUCACUCGGUGGUGGAGUUGGUGAUGUUGCUGUGCUCGCAGGAGUGGCAGAACAGCUUGCAAAAGCACGCCGGCCUUGCAUUCAUCGAGCUAAUCAAUGAGGGUAGACUGUUGUCGCACGCGAUGAAGGAUCACAUCGUGCGGGUAGCGAACGAGGCCGAAUUCAUACUGAACCGGAUGCGGGCGGACGAUGUGCUGAAGCAUGCCGACUUUGAGUCGCAGUGUGCCCAGACGCUGCUGGAACGGCGCGAGGAGGAACGGAUGUGCGACCAUCUCAUUACUGCAGCCCGGCGACGGGAUAACGUGAUCGCGAGCCGACUGCUGGAGAAGGUACGCAACAUCAUGGGCAAUCGGCACGGUGCGUGGGGCGAUAUGAACGCAAACUAUCAGAAGCAAAUCUUCUGGAAGCUGGACGCGUGGGAAGAUGAUGCGAGACGCCGGAAGCGUAUGGUUCAGAAUCCGCGCGGUUCCAGCCACCCGCAGGCAACACUGAAGGCAUCGCUUGAAAACGGUACCGCAGCGUCUGCUUCGACGGCAACAGCCGCUGGAACGGCACCGGUAGGAGCGGACGAGGCUGCGGUAGGCGCAGACACGGCAGCCCCCGGUGCACGGCCGGCCGGUGUUGCACGGGACGAAAUCUACUCACAGAUCGCCGUCCCGCGGUCACAGCAGCCCGACCUGCUGGACGAUUCGGAGCUGUUGAUAGAGGACCGGGAGCUGGAUCUCGACCUGACCGGACCGGUAAACAUCAGCACGAAGGCGAAACUGAUAGCGCCCGGGCUGGUGGCACCCGGCACCAUGUCAAUUACCUCCACCGAGAUGUACUUCGAGGUGGACGAAGAGAACGGCGAGUUCCAGCAGAUCGACCAGGAGGUGCUGAAGUACUGUGACCACCUGCACGGCAAGUGGUACUUUUCGGAAAUUCGUGCCAUCUUCUCCCGCCGCUAUCUGCUGCAGAAUGUAGCGUUGGAAAUCUUUCUCGCCAGCCGCACCUCGAUACUGUUCGCCUUUCCGGACCAGCACACGGUGAAAAAGGUGAUUAAAGCGCUGCCCAGGGUUGGGGUCGGCAUCAAGUACGGCAUACCGCAGACACGCCGCGCCUCGAUGAUGUCACCGCGGCAGCUGAUGCGCAACUCCAACAUGACGCAGAAGUGGCAGCGGCGCGAAAUCUCCAACUUUGAGUAUCUAAUGUUUCUGAACACGAUCGCCGGCCGCACGUACAACGAUCUCAACCAGUACCCGGUGUUCCCGUGGGUCAUCACCAACUAUGAGUCGCGCGAGCUCGACCUCAGCCAACCGUCAAACUAUCGCGAUCUCUCCAAACCGAUCGGUGCGCUAAAUCCGAGCCGGCGCGAAUACUUCGAGGAGCGGUACGAAACGUGGGACACACCCGGCAUUCCACCGUUCCACUAUGGCACCCACUACUCGACGGCCGCCUUCGUGCUGAACUGGUUGAUACGCAUCGAGCCGUUCACGACGAUGUUUCUCGCGCUGCAGGGCGGCAAGUUUGAUCAUCCGGAUCGGCUGUUUUCGUCCGUGGCACUGUCGUGGAAAAACUGCCAGCGUGAUACCUCCGACGUGAAGGAGCUCAUACCCGAAUGGUACUUCCUGCCGGAGAUGUUCUACAAUGCGUCCGACUAUCGGUUGGGCCAGCGGGACGAUGGCAGUACCGUUGGGGACGUUGAUCUACCACCGUGGGCGAAAACGCCCGAAGAGUUUGUGCGCAUCAACCGAAUGGCGCUCGAGUCAGAGUUUGUCUCCUGUCAGCUACACCAGUGGAUCGAUCUGAUCUUCGGCUACAAACAACGCGGACCGGAAGCGAUGCGUGCCACGAACGUGUUUUACUACCUCACGUACGAAGGUAGUGUCGAUCUGGACACGAUCGGCGAUCCGGUGACGCGCGAUGCGAUCGAGAAUCAGAUACGAAACUUUGGCCAAACUCCAAGCCUGCUGCUCAUGGAACCGCAUCCACCACGGUCGUCGGCGAUGCAUCUCUCACCGAUGAUGUUCAACACGAUGCCGGAUGACGUGUGCAUGUCGCUCAAGUUCCAUCUCAACUCGCCGAUCAUACACAUCUCGGCCAACACGUAUCCGCAACUACCGUUACCAUCGGUUGUAACCGUUACCGCCGGCCAUCAGUUUGCGGUGAAUCGCUGGAACUGUCAGUACACGGCCAGCAUCCAGAGCCCAAGCUACGCUGAGUCGACGCAAAACAUGAACGCCAAUCUACCGCUCACGAUGGAUCCGUUGUUGUCACAAAUUAAUGGACACAACAGCAGUAAUCAGCAGAACCGGCGCCAUCUCGGGGACAACUUCAGCCAGAAGCUGCAGAUCAAGUCCAACUGUUACGUUACCACGGUGGACAGCCGGUUCCUGAUUGCGUGCGGCUUCUGGGACAACAGUUUCCGCGUGUUUUCCACCGAAACGGCUAAGAUUGUGCAGAUCAUCUUCGGACAUUUCGGGGUGGUAACGUGUUUGUCCCGGUCCGAGUGUAACAUCACGUCCGAUUGCUAUAUCGCGUCCGGUUCGGCCGACUGCACGAUACUGUUGUGGCACUGGAACGCACGCACACAGUCAAUCGUUGGUGAGGGAGAGAUACCAACCCCGCGUGCUACGCUCACGGGACAUGAAACGGCCGUCACAUCGGUGGUCAUCAGUGCCGAGCUUGGACUGGUUGUGUCUGGUUCGAUAAACGGACCAGUGCUGGUACAUACCACGUUCGGUGAUCUACUGCGUUCGCUGGAAGCACCGAAAGAUUUCAUCUCACCCGAAAACAUAACACUCUCGCGCGAAGGUUUCAUCGUGGUGAACUACGACGAAGGCAGCGUCGCUGCGUACACCAUCAACGGGAAGCUGCUGCGGUACGAGUCGCACAACGAUAACCUACAAUGUAUGCUGCUUUCGCGCGAUGGCGAAUAUUUGAUGACGGCCGGUAACAAGGGUAUCGUGGAGGUGUGGCGAACGUUCAACCUCGCACCGUUGUACGCGUUCCCGGCCUGCAACAGUGGCAUACGUUCGCUGGCCCUCACGCACGAUCAGAAAUAUUUGCUAGCCGGACUGGCAACCGGAUCGAUCAUCGUGUUUCACAUCGAUUUUAACCGCUGGCACCAUGAGUAUCAGCAGCGUUACUGAAGACCCAACCGACCGGCACCGAAACGGAACGCACUAGUCAAAGCGGACGAAAGCUGGCAAAAGCGACGACGACGGCGUAACAGUGCAGGAAACCAAUCAGGCACUCCUGACCACAUACACACCCACAACAUAAACACACUAUCUCUCUCUAUCUCUCGCUCGUUCGCUGAGCCUUGUAAGCGUUAUUCAACGUACUGUGUUAUGCAGCCGGGUUUAGGAGUGCACCCCAACCAGCAAUCAACCAACCAACCGGAAAGAGUUACAAGUAGUCAAAACUGCGCACCCCCAACACAACUCGUAGAAAUUGCCAAAACUCAAUUAAAUUGCAACCUAAUCGCGAAAUACGGUUUUAGAUAUAUACAUAUAGACAACCAGGGACAGAACGAUAGAAUUUGUGAUGUGCGGUAAACGAUGCUGCUGCGUACUUAACUACUUUAUAUCAAAACCUAGUGUACCAGAAUCCAUCUCGCCUACCGAAGCAGUAACAUUCCAAUGGUCUGCCAUGGGACACCGACACAUGCGCGUAACGGGGGCUGCUAAUCCCACCCCCCCACUCUCGCUUCCGAUUUGGCCUAAGACCAACAGCCACCCCCCCACCCCCCCUCAAACGCCCUUCCAGUUCAUGGUUUUUAUUGCAUUGCAUUACCUAGAUGGAUACAAGUAGGCGUCGUCCGUUGCCGCGAGUAAGCUAAUCUGCAACGGAUGUUGCAUUUUAAAUGAAAACACACACACACAGUAACAAUUUAGCUAGCCUUUAAUGGAUUUGCAUUUAAAUCCCGAUCAGAGUCAGAGUUCAGUCGGCUAAAUGGCAAGUAAGAGCAGCUAUCGGGGUUUUUUUUUUAAAUUCGUUGACAAGAUACCAGUUGGAUGAUGAUAGGUGUGGUGCUAGAACAGGGCAAUCUAUUAUUAUACUGUUUUGGACUGUACUUAUAGUACUGGAUUAAUUUUACCAAUUUUUUUGUACCUAUUGACGAAACCAACACCAGCCUCUAAUGCGCACGCAGACUCGUGAUGGAACGUUAAGCGAUAAGUGGCUGAUGUCCUCUAAGUGUAGUGUACAUCCUAAGGGCACCAUCCUGUUUGUUCCCGUUGGCGGUGUGUGUGUGUGUGUGGUUGUACUUUGAACAUUCCUUUACAUCGCCCACACCUUUUGUUCUCAUUACCGUGAUAAUGUAAGUGUAGGAUUAUAUGUGUUUUAUACCAUUCGUUUGUUGCAAAAGUAAUUAGCAUAUACACACACACAUACAUACACGAGGCUGGUAUUACUGGUAUUGGUUUUUUUUGGGGGCCUGGGUUUUAGCUGUUAGCCGUUAGCCGACUUUGCUGUAGCACGUGGCAAGAGGAGCAGGAAGACAGGAAGGAAAUGCAGAAAAGGGAUAAAGGGAGAGAGAGACGAAAAAAAAACAACAGAACGCAAUAACAUAGUUGUAACCAUUAUCGAUUAACUACCUUAGACUACACACAACCACACACACACACAAGCUGACCCACAUACAUAUAACGCAAUGUUCAUUGAAAGUACAUGAAUGCCAAAUUGUAAAGAUUUUAAUAACAGCCUUUUAAAACAAAAUCGAAUAUAAAGCAAAACAAAACAAAAAAGUAUAUAUAUAUAUAUAUUGAGCUAAAGGGAAGUGUUUGCUACCGUAUGUGUGUGUGUGUGUGGAUAGGGAAUGAGGGCGAAUGUUAAAAUCAAGUGGUUAAAACGACGACGACACACACACACACACCCACUCGCUGCAUUUACAUUAAACGGACGCAAGAGUGAGAGGAUUGCAAGGAUAGUAACAGAACUCCACACACACGUACACACGUGUCACAGGUGUGUUUGUGUGCACAGGGGAAGAAGAACAACAAAAACAACUGCUGCAACAUUCCAUUGGUGUAGACAAGCAAUCGAAACUGCACAUUGCAUUGCAUUCAUUAAGCGUAAUUAGUGGAAAGAGUCAGUAGUAGCAUAACUGGGAGAAGAAAAACAAAAUAGACCAGCCGUCAAACGAUGGGACAGAAGAGGGAAAAGAGAUGAAGGGAGGGAAAGAAGCCGACUAAGAGAAGAAGAAAAAAAAGUUAAAAGACAGAUGUGUGUUAGAGAGAGAGAGAGAGAGAGGGAGAGAUGAUAUGCAAACAUUCUGAGGUUAUCCGUCCGCGAAUAUUUACAUUUAGCCAUUACAAAAUACAGAAGGAUUAAACGAAUGAAGUAGCGAGAACGAGCGAAGGAGCAAAAAAGAAAAACACACAUGAGUAAAGAAACCAAAGCUGAUGAACGUAAGCAUUAUAAACUAUGAUGAAAACAAAACCCCAACUACUACUACACACAACAGCGCACGCACACGCACAUAGUCCUACCCCCAAAACAAUUUUGGUCCGUAUUUGUGCGCGUUUGGUGGCAAUUGCAAUUAAUCAGCCGGAAUAAUCAUCCACGCAGUACCGUACUUUCGCUAACUCGUCGUGGGUUUUUUGUGUAUUAGAUUUUAAUCAGUCUUGCGGCGACACCCACGGUUUUUUAAUUUUUUUUGUUAUCAGUAGUAUAACAACGUUAAAAGAACAAAAAAAAAUGAAAACUAAGCAAGUAAAGUAAAUUUCAAACGAGACCGCAAAAUUGCCACUGAACACAUGAUUAAAUCGCAAAAGUGAAGAAGGAUAUGAGCGGCGGUCAAUGUGCAACACACACACAAAAAAAAACAACCGAAUAGAGAGACAGAAACAGAGAGAGAGAGAGAGAGAGAUGAAUGAAAACAAGAAGAGAGAGGAAAAAACAUGCAACUAACGCAAAAACCUUAUUUCACGUGCCAAAAUAAUAUUAAAUAGAACAAUAUUAAAAGAAGAAAAACAAACAAUACAAGUGAAAGUUUUGAGGUGCGCGCGCGCGUGUGUGUGUGUAUACGCGAUCAUGCUCUCACAGAUACAUUAACAAACAAAACAAAAAAAAACGCUAGUAAACAGCAGCUCUAAUGCAUAAGAGGGAGACAGAGACAGAGAAGAAACAAAACGCAAACCAGAGGAAAACAGAAAUAUACAAUUAAUUACAAAAAGAAAAUGCGCGAAAAAUGAAACAAACAAAAACAUAGAGGAGAAAAAUGGAAAGCAAAACCACAACAAAACGCAAAGCAAAAAAAACACAUAAUGUGAAAACGCAAGAAGAGAAGCGAAGAAGCAAAAAACAAAAAUCCUGCCUAAAUGUGCUCGUGUAGUGUUUAAAUAACAAGAAGAAAACGGAGAACGGAUGAAGAAGAAGGAAAAAUAAGUACUUAGAGGAAAAACCAAAAUGCAAAACAAAACAAAACAAGGACACACACACACACACAAGUUUGAUAACGCUUAAAACAGCAAAAUAUUAAUUAAAACGUCUCUUUACAGCUACCGAAUAGGGAAGAGAUCGGAACGCUGUGGGUAAUGUGCGCAUAGAACACAGAUGAAACAAAAGAGGAUAUGAUGGGAGAAAAACAAGGGGGAAAUGGAAAACUGUAAAAGCGGGCAAAAAUACGGCUUGUACCAAACAAAGUAACAAGAAGAAGAAG